AUGAAGUUCUCUUUCGCUCUCGUUGCUGCCCUCGCUUCCGUCGCCAACGCCGCCGUUCUCAACGUCGCUCGCGCCGCCCAAGAUGUCUUUGUGCCACACAUCGAGUCGCCCAAGCUGGGCGAUGUGCUCGUUGUCGGCGAUUCCCUGACCGUUACUUGGGACACGUCAAACGCGCCCGAGAACAUCACCAACACCGAGGGCCGCGUUAUGCUCAGGCAAGGCCCGGUCACCUUCCCUUUCUACCUGGCUCGCGGGUUCUCCAUCCUCAAGGGCUCAGUAACCUUCACAGUUCCUGAUGUCGUCCCCAGCGAUCAAUACCAGCUUGUCCUUUUCGGCGACUCGGGCAACUUCAGCCCCCCAUUCUCCAUCGUCUCUGCGGCUCCCGCCCCAGAGGCCGUCGAGGCACCCGCUUUGUGA